AUGAAUCAGGCCCAGGCCGUCCUGGCUUUCAACCUCGAUCCCAAGGAAGGUGUCAAGUACCUCGAGGGUAAGCUUGGCAAAUCCACUGCAAACGAGGUGGGCCAGUGGUUGGCGCAAAUGUCCACGGUCAAUGGAGGGGCAUGCUGGAGAGAGACGUUCUUGCUUACCUCGGCGACACGGUGCGGGAGUAUCUGGUUCUGCGGCAUCAGUACCAGCAGGUGGUCCGAAGUCCCUUCACAGAGAGUCAAGAGGUACGGACCAUUCGUCAAGGCAGAGCUGCCGUCAUGCUACAUCGCAGCGGGCGCAUCGCUAA